CAGCUCUCCUCCCCCACCAUCCACACUACAUUCUCUGACAGCUCUCCUCCACCAUCCACACUACAUUCUCUGACAGCUCUCCUCCCCCACAGGCCACACUACAUUCUCCGACAGCUCUCCUUCCCCCUCCAUCCACACUACAUUCUCUGGCAGUUCACCUUACACCAUCUACAGUGCACUUGGUUUUCAGAAAGAUUUCCCGCACUCUGAACAUAAAUAGGGACGCUCACC